CUCUGCUCUCCGGCCCAGAGGCGUUGGUGGUUGGUGUCCGUCCAAAGAUGCGUUGCACCCCGGCAGCAUCAGCACCAGCUCUGCCGUACUAGUAAACUUUCCAGACACCACCGGAGGAAGGAGGAGACGCGGCGGCGGUGUCCACGGCUGUAGCGUCGCCGGCGCAUCGGUGCGGCACGAUGGGAGACCAGAAGGAGUCGCUGCGUAAAAUCACCCAUACGCUGGCCACAAAAAAUGAGGAGAUUUCAAACUUCAUCUGCACGCUCAAACAGAGCCUAGAGAACCUAGAGGCAAACUCCAACCGAGUGCAGGAGGAUCUUGAGUCUGAGUUCAGCUCGCUCCACUCCAUUCUGGAUGAGAUGAAGGAAAACAUGGUGACACGUAUCAAACAAGAGAGAGCCAGCCGCACAUAUGAGCUGCAGAGUCAGCUGAGCUCCUGCUCCAAAGCCCUGGAGAGUUCAGAAGAGCUGCUGGAGCUGGCCAACCAGACGCUCUGCUCCUCUGAGACAGACGGCUUCACCCAGGCGGCCAAAGACAUUAAGGAUAGUGUGACUAUGGCCCCGGCCUUUCGCCUCUCCCUCAAGGCUAACGCGAGUGACAACAUGAGUCACUUGAUGGUGGAUUUCAGCCAGGAGAGGGAGAUGUUGCAGGCUCUCAAGUUUCUCCCAGUUCCUGCCACUCCAGAGAUCCAGGUGUCGGAGUGCCAGGUGUGCGACAACACAGUGACCGUAGUUUGGACCUUAUCUGAGCCUGACAGCAAGAUCGACCACUACAUACUUGAACAUCGACGCACCAAUCACGAGGGCCCCCCACGCAUCAGAGAGGACUACCCCUGGAUGGUGGUGGAGGGGAUAAAGGAGAUGGAGCACACACUCACUGGUCUGCGCUUUGACACCCGGUUCAUGACUUUCAGAGUGAAAGCAUGCAACAAGGCUGUGGCCGGAGACUUUUCAGAACCAGUUACACUUGAAACUCACGCCUUCACCUUCAAGCUGGACUCUGGCUCAGCCCACCAAAAUCUGAAGGUAGAGGACCUGAGUGUGGAGUGGGACAGCAGUGGAGGGAAGAUACAGGACAUCCGCAAGGAUAAGAACCGAACCAACUCCCCGAUGCACUCCCCAGCCAGGUCGGCUCUGAUGUCUCCAAAGAGAGCACCAACAGCCCGGCCUGGCAGAGACAGGUUCACAGCAGAGUCCUACACAGUGCUGGCGGACACCGUGAUCGAUGCCGGCCAGCAGUACUGGGAGGUGCGGUUCGAUAAAGAGAGCAAGGCCUUCGCCGUGGGCGUGGCGCUGCGGAGCCUCGGCCGAUUCGACCAGCUGGGUAAAAGCAGCGCUUCCUGGUGCAUCCACCUGAACAACUGGCUGCAGCAGAGCCUCACGGCCAAACACAACAACAAGGCUCGAACCCUGGACUGUCCCAUCCCCAACAGUAUAGGCGUCUACGUCAACUAUGAUGAAGGUACAUUGUCCUUUUACAAUGCCAAAACCAAGCAGUUGAUGCACAGUUUCAAAACAAAGUUCCAGCAGCCUGUUAUUCCAGCCUUCAUGGUGUGGAACGGCAGUUUCUCAGUCGUCACCGGCCUUCAGGUCCCCAGCGUGGUGCAGAGCGGCCAGAGGAAGAACAGCGGCACCAGCAGCUCUAACGCCAGCCUCACAUAAACCGACGCCCCUCCCCCUCCCCACCCUGCAGGCUGGAACUACCUCCCAGCUCCGGUAGUCCUCCAUCAGCGCUACAGGCCCCCCCCCCCCUGCACUGACUUCACCUCAGCCGUGUCAAAGACGCAUUACGUCAAUGGAGUACGAUGGAUUUACCUGUUCCACAAGCGGCGUCUCAGUUGCAUGAUGAUUUAAAAACAGUUUCAGGGAACCUGUGACUCAUCUGCUCUGUAUCAGGAGUCCUCAAAUGGUGUCACUCCAGCGUUUGUGCUUGCUCGGGACACGUUAAGUGUAGUCUUUCUAGUUUUCCCCUCUCUGCACACUCAUUUAGCUCGGUCCCACUGCUGCUAGAGCAAUGACUUAGCGCUGGCCGCUGUCCUCUCUUCAUCUCCAUCACCUUCUCGGUCAUGCCGCCAGCUGCGGGUUCAGGGUCCAGAUCUCUCCUGUCCUGCUCUCUCCCUGUGCCUUCCUGCUUCUUUUCCAAACUGAUAGGCCAAAUCGAGUCAUCUUUAUCAAGACACUAAUAGUUCACUGCAAGAAUAUAUCUCCCUGUUUCUAUUUACUACCGUGUAUCCCAUCAGUGUCAGUAUAACUUGAUAUUUAUGUGGUUUUGUGGCUCUGACAUUGUCUCGACCAAUCAGCUGACCUAUUUAUCCUAGUAACAACAUGCUUCUAGACAAUACUGCUGACUUGAGUUCAGUUCUGAAUCCAGACCAGGUGAAGUUAAACACAUAUAGGUUAUAUUUGAUUCUUGCCUCGGCAUGCACUCCUAAGUUCAGAGGGUUUCACCUCAUAGUCUGGGCCUCAGCUGCAUUCAAGGAAGAGAUUCCUCUCGGCCUUCUGCUGAGAAUUUGUUUUCAUCCAGGGCCGUGUUGAAUGUGGUUUUGUGACUUCACACAAAAAAUAGACGAAGUUUUAAUUUCAACUCCCCGUAGUGAAAAUAUAUCAAGUGCUCAAAUUUGGUUUUAGAAUUUUGGAGAAGACUUGUUCUCUCCACACCGUUUAUCUGACUGCACCCUGCUCCUUUUAGAUUUCAGUAUCUCUUAACAUCUGUUUACUGGCGGCAAGUAAAUCACUUUAUAAGUUAGUGAACAGCCUAUAGUCCAAAUACAAAAGAUAGCUAGGCAGUAGCUCCAGCUAACAAAUUGUAAUACAGAUGUGUGACAUUUUGAGAGGUACUAAAGUAAGAAAUUAUGGUUAUUAAAUAGUAAAUUUAUGUUAAGGCAUCCCUGUUUGUGAACUGCCUGACCUCAGAAUAGUGUCCGUGUCCUAACGUCACACAUGGUGACAGUCUUGCUUUGCCACGUUUUUCUUUGUGUGUUUCCUGAAUAACUGUGUAGCCUGCAAUGCUUUAAGAAAAAAAGAAAAGAAUCCGUCCAACUCAGAUUUAUGUUCACUUUAUUUCAGAGGCUGACAAAAUGUCACAGAUUAUUUGUAAAUAGGUUCAUUUUUCCACUAUGACGUAUCACUCAUUGAGGUAAUAAACGAUUGAGAGCUA